AUGUGUCCCCCAGUCAGUGUUCACCAUGGGGCCAGGGGCAUGUCGUCCCUCUAUCAAGCCUGGCUGUAUCAGCUUGUCCAUGGAGGACAGAUGAAGAUGUGUUUUGCUUGCUUCAAGGCAGCUUUCCUGUUGAAUAAACUCUGCCUGGAGAUGGGAGACUGGGAAGAGGAAGAAGAGGAGGAAGAGGAAGUGGAGAGUGCUGAGCUCAUGGGAUACUUGUCAGAGUCAGAGUCAGAUUCUGAGCAGGAGUCAGUGUCUCAGCAGGAUGCAUGGCGGGGAUUGGGGCCCCUUUAUGUGCCACAGAGUGUCUCUGUAGGGUCUGGACUCCUGGUACCAACCCCUCUGUGGACACAGUUAGUACUAUUCUCCAUUUCUGUGCCCACUGAGCUCUUGCCUCAGGAAGCUAUACCUCUGGAUCUUGGCCUCCAGGAUGCUGAGUGGACCCAGGUCCUUCCCUGGAGAUUUGAUGGCCUUUUUCCCUGCUCACACCAGCUCAUUCCUCCUCUGUCUUUGUGGGAUAUUUUUGAUGUGAUGCCAUCUCCUGGGCAACCUGUAUUGUUGGAGUUGAGAUCCAUCUGGCCCUUGGACCAGACAGCAGGACAAUCCUGGUUACAAGACCAGAAGUUUGUGCUCCUGUUGGAUAGCAUCCACUUUAUGUGCCACCUGCUGCCAAUGCAUGUCCGCUGGGCUGUAAGGACUCAGGUCCAACACUGGCAGGUGUUGCUGAACCCUGGCGAGAGGUGGGUGGCCCAUUUGCGGAAGAGGGUACUUGGUCAGCAUGGCCAGUACCAUCAAAAUCUCUUCCCCUGGAGUCUGAGCAUCCUGAAGGCUUCAGAAUUUGGAAUGGAGUUAGUACCUGCUGCCUGCUACCUGUGGAAGAAAGGCUUCUGGAUAGGCUCCUUCUUGCCCUGGCACAUUAGCUUGCCAGAGACCUGGAGCUGGGAGCCAGGGGGGAGGCUGUUUAUCACAGAUGCUACUAUUUGUGGUCCCACCUGCCGCUUUGAUCAGUCCUUCCUCCACCGAGUCCCCCCCUCUCCUGAUCCUUACUCCCUGAUGCAUAAAACGGAGACACCUAAAGCUCAGGCAUCCCUCAGGGCUCAAGAGGUUGCCUGUUCUGAGCAUCGGGAACAGUUGAUCCAGGAUUAG